CUAUUGACUCGCAGUGAGCUCUUUUCUUCCCGAAAGUACGCAAAAAUGCAGAGGUUGAAAGACUCAGAACUUUCCAAAAGUCCUUCUGAGGUUUUUGAGAUAAUUUGCAAACUCGGGAAAGGAUCCUACGGUAGUGUUUUCAAGGCUCGUUACAAGGCUACUGGUGGGAUCGUGGCGGUUAAAAAAGUUCCUGUAGAUAGUGAUUUGACAGAUAUUGUUAAAGAAAUAUCCAUCAUGCAACAGUGUGACAGUCCUUUCAUUGUGAAAUGCUACGGAAGCAUGUUCGACAGCCAGGACUUAUGGAUUUGCAUGGAAUAUUGUGGUGCCGGUUCCAUUGCUGACAUCAUGCGACUACGUGGGAAAACCCUCGGUGAGGAUGAAAUCGCCACUGUUUUGCACUAUAGUCUUCGUGGACUGGAUUAUUUGCAUCAGAUGCGUAAAAUUCACCGAGACAUUAAAGCUGGUAACAUACUGUUGUUGAACUCCGGGACGGCAAAGCUAGCUGAUUUUGGUGUGGCUGGACAGCUUUCAGAUACAUUGGCGAAACGGAACACGGUUAUUGGGACUCCUUACUGGAUGGCACCGGAGGUGAUUCAGGAAAUUGGCUACAACUAUUCCGCAGAUAUCUGGUCUUUGGGCAUUACUGCGAUCGAGAUGGCUGAUGGAAAACCCCCGUUGGCGGACAUUCAUCCCAUGCGUGCCCUUUUCAUGAUACCCAGUCAACCGCCACCUGCACUGCGCAAACCAAGCACAUGGUCGGCCGAAUUUCGUGCGUUUUCACGUCCUACAGCUGCCGCUUUGCUUCAAACCGAAUUCAUUCGCAAUUCCAAACCGUGCUCUAUUCUGCUAGCUCGACCUGCAUCGGCAGACGAUGUUGAAGAAGGUAGCGGGACAAUGGUUCGCCAAAAUCGGAGGGUGAAUUCCACAGACGAUGGAAGACACGAGUAA